CGCCCUUCCCCCACCCGCUUCCGCCCGCGGCUCAGUUCUCCCGCCUCCGCCUCCGCCGCUGCUUGUGGAAGUCCCGCCAUGGCUCUGUCACGGGGGCUGCCCCGGGAGCUAGCUGAGGCCGUGGCCGGGGGCCGGGUGCUGGUAGUGGGCGCGGGUGGCAUCGGCUGCGAACUCCUGAAGAACCUCGUGCUCACUGGCUUUUCCCACAUCGACCUGAUUGAUUUGGAUACUAUUGAUGUCAGCAACCUCAACAGGCAGUUUUUAUUUCAAAAGAAACAUGUUGGAAGAUCAAAGGCACAAGUUGCCAAAGAAAGUGUACUACAGUUUUACCCGAAAGCUAAUAUUGUAGCUUAUCAUGACAGCAUCAUGAACCCUGACUACAAUGUGGAAUUUUUUCGACAGUUUAUAUUGGUUAUGAAUGCAUUAGAUAACAGAGGGUGUGACUGAGUGUUAUGAAUGUCACCCUAAGCCAACCCAGAGAACUUUUCCUGGCUGUACAAUACGUAACACACCUUCAGAACCCAUUCAUUGCAUCGUGUGGGCAAAGUAUUUGUUCAACCAGUUGUUUGGGGAAGAAGAUGCUGAUCAAGAAGUAUCCCCUGACAGGGCUGACCCUGAAGCUGCCUGGGAACCAACAGAAGCUGAGGCCAGAGCCCGAGCAUCUAAUGAAGAUGGUGACAUCAAACGUAUUUCCACGAAGGAGUGGGCUAAAUCAACUGGAUAUGAUCCAGUUAAACUUUUUACUAAGCUUUUUAAGGAUGAUAUCAGGUACCUAUUGACAAUGGACAAACUGUGGCGGAAAAGGAAACCUCCAGUCCCAUUGGACUGGGCUGAAGUACAAAGUCAAGGAGAGGACACCAACACAUCAGACCAACAAAAUGAACCCCAGUUAGGUCUGAAAGACCAGCAGGUUCUAGAUGUGAAGAGCUAUGCACGUCUGUUUUCAAAGAGUAUUGAGACUUUGAGAGUUCAUUUAGCUGAAAAAGGCGAUGGAGCUGAGCUCAUAUGGGAUAAGGAUGACCCAUCUGCGAUGGAUUUUGUCACCUCUGCGGCAAACCUCAGGAUGCAUAUUUUCAGUAUGAAUAUGAAGAGCAGAUUCGAUAUAAAAUCAAUGGCAGGGAACAUUAUUCCUGCUAUUGCUACUACUAAUGCAGUGAUUGCCGGGUUGAUAGUAUUGGAAGGAUUAAAGAUUUUAUCAGGAAAAAUAGAUCAAUGUAGAACAAUUUUUUUAAAUAAGCAACCAAACCCUAGAAAGAAGCUUCUUGUACCUUGUGCACUGGAUCCUCCCAACCCCAAUUGUUAUGUAUGUGCCAGCAAGCCAGAGGUGACUGUACGGCUUAAUGUCCAUAAAGUGACUGUUCUCACUUUACAAGAUAAGAUAGUGAAAGAGAAAUUUGCUAUGGUUGCACCAGAUGUUCAAAUUGAAGAUGGAAAAGGAACAAUCCUAAUAUCUUCAGAAGAAGGAGAGACAGAAGCUAAUAAUCAUAAGAAGUUGUCAGAAUUUGGAAUUAGAAAUGGCAGCCGGCUUCAAGCAGAUGACUUUCUUCAGGACUACACUUUAUUGAUCAACAUCCUUCAUAGUGAAGACUUAGGCAAGGAUGUUGAAUUUGAAGUUGUUGGUGAUGCUCCGGAUAAAGUAGGGCCUAAACAAGCAGAAGAUGCCUCCAAAAGCAUAACCAAUGGCAGUGAUGAUGGAGCCCAGCCUUCCACCUCCACAGCACAAGAGCAAGAUGAUGUGCUCAUAGUUGACUCAGAUGAAGAAGGUCCUUCAAAUAAUGCUGACAACAGUGAAGACGAGAGAAAUCGCAAGAGGAAAUUAGAUGAAAAAGAGAGUAUCAGUGCAAAGAGGUCUCGGAUGGAACAGAGGGAAGAGCUUGAUGACGUCAUAGCAUUAGAUUGAACAAAAAACCCUGGCUCUGUCAGCUCAUCUGGGCACAACCAGAUCAUUUGUUACGUCCUUUGUUCCAAAGGGAAGAUACUGACACCAGUGACUUGAAAGUGAUUCUGCUCCCUUUGAAAGCAUUCAUUUUGCUAGAACUAUUAGAAACAUUGCAGUAUGCUGUAUUGAAAGUAGGAAUAUAGUUUUUAAACCCUUUGAACAAACUGUGUGCAUAACCAGUUACGAGAUAAAACAACACAAUGCAUGUUGCCUUUUUAAUGUAAAUACCCUUAGGUAUCAUUUAAUAGUUUAAAAAUAUUGUGGUUUAGUAAAGUUGAUACCUGGUUAUAAAUACUAUGCCUUUAUUUUUGGCUAGAAGAAGAAUUAUUUUUAGCCUAGAUCUAACCAUUUUCAUACUCUUAACUGAGACAGAUUCAAAGAAAUAUCAAGUGCUAUGCAUUGAAACCUGUUUUUAAAUGUUAAAUGGCGCUAUGUAUAUUAAUGUAAAACAAUGUUAAUUUACUCAGAUUUUCAGUUUUUACUGCCUGAUAUGUCUGUGUAAGAAGCCAAUUUUUGUGUAUUGUUACAAUUUCAGGUUAUUUAUAUUUGAUGUUUUGUAAAACUCAAAUUAACGAAUAUACUGUACUAUGGACCAAAUAAAUGGCAUCUGCAUAAUUGUUA